AUGGGAAGCGUCUUUCGUAUAAUUUCAGUUGAGGAGGACAAAGAGGGUAUUUGGAUCGUUAAACUGAAGCUAACCGGCGAAGAAAAUGGAGAACUUCGUCAACUAGUAGAACGUGGGCGAUUAGAGAUGUCCUCUACAAUACCUCGUAUUGCUUUACCAAAACUGCUCAUAAGCAUGGGUAACUACAAAGGAGCCGAGGGUUUUUUCCUUUCGGCACUGAAAGACCCAUCAAUUCUUGCCGAUCCCAAAAUGUCAUCUAUUAUACAUAACGAUCUUGGAUUAAUCUACGAAAAGAUCGGCAACCCAGAAAAAUCAGUUGAACAUUAUCAGACAGCAGUCAACAUUGUGGAAGAAAGGGGAUCCGCAGACGAUCAACUACUACUAGCACCCACAUAUAGUAAUUUAGGAUCAUAUCACCUUGGUCGCAAAGCUUACGAUACAGCAAUCUCGUUUUAUUCGAGAGCAAUGGAUAUUACAGUCAAGAGUCCAAAGCAGUGUCUAACGACAGCCGCCAAUGCUGCGGUAUAUAUCAGUAACAUCGGGACCGCACAUCUUUUACAGGAACAUUACUCUGAAGCGCUGGACCAUCUUUCCUCAGCUUUACAAAUUCAAGAGUUGUGCCUCCCGCCAAAUCAUCCAUCGUACGCAAUUAACUACACAAACAUCGCUCAAGUUUACAGUGGUCUCGGAGAAAAGGAGAAGCAGAUUGAGUAUCUGAACAAAGCACUUGCUAUUCAGCUACAGUCACUUCCUGCUGGACAUCUGGAUUUUUCUAACACCUUUAAAAAUCUAGCUUUGGCGCUGGCAGUUUCAAGUGGAGACCGAUUGGAAGAAGCUCUGGGAUAUGCUAAAAUCGCAUACGAGAUCAGGCUUCAACAUUUACCUCCGAAUCAUCCAGAAGUUAGAGAUUGCAGAUGGACAAUAUCUCUUCUCGAUGGCUUAAAUCGAAAAGAGCGUACUAUAACUUUGUAUUAA